UCAGAAUAUCAAUGUUCUUAUCAGUGUUUGCGGAUUAUAUUAUAUAUUGUCUGACGUUACGCAAUAAACACUUUCUUAAUAGAAAUAAUGAUUAGUAUUUGUUAACAGCAAAUUUGUUGAGCUGCCUUCGUUUUUAGUUCAAACAAGGUAAUAAAUAAUGUAUUUUUAAUGUGGCAUAACUGUUUUAUCUCUUAUAAAUCAUACACGCAUAUUUAUUGUUAUUACAUUUAUCUUGAUCCUCUCUCAGACAGGGCAACAAUGUAUAAAUCACAAUAUAAUAUUGUUGAUCUGCAAUGAUAUGGCAAGUUCCUUAGUUAUUUUGUUCUUACAUCUAUAUACUUUUUAAUCCAUAUCAAAAUCAAGUAGGUAUUUUCUAAAAUAUUCAUUUAGCAGCAAGCUGAGAAACGACAGAAAUUCUCAAAGCAAGCCCGGACCAGACCCAACCAGACCUAAACAUAGAGAUUGGGACACUUUAAGCUGAAGCGAUGGCCGAGGGAUUCAAGAAGUAUUUCAAUGGCACCACAAUCGCCGGACGAGCGAAUGUCGCCAAGGCAACCUAUGCGACAAUGGCGCUCAUCUAUUUGGUUUAUCGCGUGCGUCGCGGCAAGGACGUACCGAAGCCACAGGAUGUAGCAAUUGAGGCGACUUUGGAUGAGCCUUAUUUGGAGCCCAGCGGGGAGGCUCAGAAGCCAGAGAAACCAGAGAAGUCGGAGAAGGAUUGUGCCAUUUGCAGGGAACGCGUUCGACUGCGGGAAAAGGAGGAUCCGCCGCCGCCACCACCAUCACCUCCCUCUGGUGGUGGCCAAGAUCGUCGCAGUUGCCAAUGCGAAGAGAAUCCACAAAGCAGACAACAGCAGCAGCCGCAGAAGCAGCCGCAGCAGGGUAAAACCUGCAGCGCACUCGAAGCGGACGCGGACGUAGUGCAUCCCGCCCGUGAGCUAAUCACUCAAAUGCAGGAGGCCGCUUCCCGUGUCCUGCGCAAUGUGAUUGGCGCCGUCGUGGGUAACAAUCCGGCGCAGGCCGCUGACAGCGAUGAACGUUGCAGCUGUUGCCAACCCUCCUCCUCCAUGGAGCAGGCCGAUGAUGAGGAGUGCGACUAUGAGGUGGACAACAAGCAGCAGUUGAAUCGCGAACGACGCACUGCACCCAGGCACUGUGAACCGUCGAGUACCAGCACCCAAUUGGAGUUGCCUCCACAAACAGAGGAGCAGCAGCAGCAGGCGACGGCAACAGCGGAGUCAACUAAGUCAUCCCAAUCUCAAUCCCAAGCGGCGACACAAUAUCGCUGCUUCGAGGAUGACUUUGCCUCGGAGAUGUUCUUUGAGCACUUUGAGGAAUGAGACGAUCAGAUGGGGAUUAUCAGCUUUUGGGCGUAUCUAAAUUUCCAGUUAAGCUCCUUCUUUUUGUACACAGAAAUAUCCUUUCGCAAUUUAUUAAAUUUCAUACAUUUUUCAUACGAGAAA